AUGGCUGAAGAAACUCCUAAGUCCGUCUAUGAGUUUACUGUCAAGGAUAUCCGCGGAAAUGAUGUGAGUCUGAGUGAAUACAAUGGGAAGGUGCUCUUGAUUGUGAAUGUUGCUUCCAAAUGUGGCCUAACACAUUCAAACUACAAGGAAUUGAAUGUUUUGUAUGAAAAGUACAAAAGCCAAGGGUUUGAGAUCUUGGCAUUUCCUUGCAACCAGUUUGCUGGACAAGAACCAGGAAGCAAUGAAGAGAUUCAGGAUACUGUAUGCACAAUGUUCAAAGCUGAAUUCCCAAUCUUUGAUAAGAUUGAUGUGAAUGGGAAAAAUACAGCACCUCUCUACAAGUUCUUAAAAUCAGAGAAAGGAGGAUAUUUUGGAGAUGCCAUCAAGUGGAACUUUACCAAAUUUUUGGUAAACAAAGAAGGAAAGGUUGUGGAGAGAUAUGCUCCUACUACAUCACCUCUUAAGAUUGAGCAGCACCUGGUUCAUUCAGAAAGCCUUAAUGUAUUGUCAAGCCCUCUCUGUGCAACUGAAACCAAGACUCUCGUAGAGAUUCAUGGUUUGUAA